AGACGUUCGCCGUCUGCGAUUAGGUGAUUUUCGAUUAGAUAUAAAGCGAGUUUUCUAAUAUACUACCGUUGCCCUAUUAUCUCUAGUUCACGGCUACGUUUUAUAGAUACCAAACGUAUCUUUUCGCGUAUUCUAAUGUGGUGAACUACGUUCGAAUUUUAAGUAUGGGUGCUAAAGUGUCUCGAACGGAUUUUGAGUGGGUUUACACCGAGGAGCCUCAUGCCAGUCGCCGGAAAAUUAUUUUAGAGAAAUACCCAGAAAUCAAGCAGCUUUUCGGCUACGACCCAAACUUCAAAUGGGUGGUGACAGGAAUGGUGGUCGUGCAGCUUGUGACGCUGCCCUUCAUCCAACAGCUCAGCUGGCCGGCGCUCAUAGUGCUGGCCUACUGCUUCGGAGGAGUCAUCAACCACUCACUCAUGCUGGCCAUCCAUGAAAUCGCACACAACUUAGCCUUCGGCCACGCUCGGCCCAUGGCCAACAGACUAUUCGGGUUCUUCGCAAAUCUGCCCGUCGGGGUUCCCGCGUCUAUCAGUUUUAAGAAGUACCACUUGGAACAUCACAGAUACCAAGGCAUAGAAACAAUAGACACAGACCUGCCAACCCUUGUUGAAGCUAAACUCUUCAACACGACCUUCGGCAAGUUCAUCUGGCUGAUCCUCCAGCCGUUGUUCUACAUGGUGCGCCCCCUGGUGGUGCGCCCGAAGCCGCCAGAACCUUUGGAGCUGGUUAACGUUAUUAUACAGCUGUUCUUUGACGCUUGCGUGGUGCAACUGUUUGGUUGGAAAGCUCUAUGGUAUCUUAUCAUCGGAUCCCUGUUAGCGAUGGGUGUUCAUCCAGUGGCAGGACACUUCGUGUCAGAGCACUACAUGUUCAAGAAAGGGUUCGAAACGUACUCCUACUACGGUGCGUUGAAUUUCAUCACUUUCAACGUGGGAUACCAUAUGGAGCAUCACGACUUCCCGGCGGUACCCGGCAGUAGGCUACCUGAGGUAAAACGGAUCGCCGGAGAGUUCUACGAUGACCUACCCCAACACCACAGUUGGACGUCAGUCCUGUACGAUUUCGUGAUGGAUCCAGACAUCGGGCCCUAUGCGAGGAUCAAGCGCAAGGAGAAAGGCUUGGAGAGCUAAAGCUCUUUUAUAUUGAGCCCGGCUCUUUCUGAGCGCAGCUCUUUUUAGACUGAGCGCAGCUCUUUUAUACUGAGCCCAGCUCUUUUGCACAUAAUUUAGCUCUUGGCUUACCAGUGAGAUUUUUUUUCAAGUAAUUUCAGAAGCCCUGAAAGAUACAUUACACUAUUUGAAUGAUGAUGUUAGGCAAUCUAUUAUUACUUUAUUAGAAGUCGGACCAAGCUUAAAAUUCGCCAUUUUAUUUUACAAGUGUAAAAUAUGUCAUCAAUAAUGUCAAUUUUAUAAAUGAAAUCAAGUUUCUUUAAAUUAUUAAACCGAUAAGAGCUGAUGGUCUUGUUUAACCAAAUAUGUAGUUUUAACACAACUGAUAGUUUUUGGAAAUUAAAAUUACUUGUGUAAAUAUAAUCAACAGUACAAGA